GUCCCGAAUCUGCUGCUGAGAAACUUAAUUUUACAUUUUCGAAAAGAUUUUGAAUGAUGGCCCAGCCAGGCUGGAAGAAGACAAGGAGAAGGCGGCUGUCAUCUUUGGUGAUACUUCCUUUAGAAUAUGCCACCUUGAAUUUUCUUCAAGGAGAUGAGGAUGGCUCACUAUCAAAAACGCCGGUGUCUUCGGGACUGCAGAGCCUCUGGGAUAAGCUUUUCUCAGCUGAUAGCUCCAAACAACAGUUGGCCUGCUUGAAAGAGAUAAACAAGUAUGUUCUCCAAGAUGACACAGUUCUGAGCGAAGGCGAGCGAGACGCCCUUCAAAAGGCACUGGCAUGGCUCCUGCUCAACCCCGACUCCUCGCAACAAGUGCGCAGUGUCAUCAUCAAGAUCCAGGCGUCUCUGGGCGACCAAUGCCCACCCCUGGAGGCCGGGCUGCGCGCUCAGCUGGCGGCGCCGGCGCCCGCCACGCCGGCCACCCUGCAGCUGCUGGAGUUCCUCUCCGACCACCCGCUCGGCCGCCGCCUGCUGCUGGACAGCCUGCCGCAGCUGAUGCUCUUCUUCAAGGAGGAGCUCGGCUUCCACUGCCAGACCAUGUGCGCCAUGGUGUCUCCGGUGGAGCUGGCUGCGGCCGCCGGUCCCGGGCAGCGGGCCGUCCGACUGCUGAUGGUCACCCUUCAGGUUCUACAGCCACUGUCGCCCGAGUACGAUCUGGAGACGGUGCGGGCGGCGCGCGACUCACUGGAGCGGCUCCUCACGCUGCCGGCGCUGCCCUGGGACCUACGAGGCAACUGCGGCAUGGCCUACGUACUGCUCUGUCUGGCCGGGGGCGACAGAGAUUUACACGCCACGGUUCUGAACGCGGCGUUUCCGUCUGCGGAGCUGUGCGGCUCUGACGCCGGCCCGGUGCCGCUGGCCGAUUGGCCGCUGGCUGCCCAGCUGGCACUGCUGGCCGGCUGCGUGCACGCGCUGCCCUCUGACCAGCUGCUGCUGCCCGCCGGCGGCGGCGGGGCGCUGCUCAGCCUGCUGCUCGGCUGGCUCCUGCACACUGGCAUGAGUGUCUCGGACACGGCCACCCUACUCGGUUUCUCCCGCGGCGUGCUGUCCGCCCUGGGCCGCGUCACCGAGGCGUGCCGCGGCGCGCUGGCCUCCCCCGGCCCACCGGACCCCUCGGCACCUCUCCCGGGGCCGUCCUCGGCCUCUGUCGAGCUCUCCUCAGCCGUGGGCGACUCUCCGUCGGGCACGGACGCGUCGCCCACCUUCCCGGACCUGACGCCGGACGGUCCGGCCGACCCGCCGGACGGUCCGGUCGGCUCGCCCGCCUCGCUGGCCUCACUGCUGCCCGAGGUGCUGGUCGAGGACCUGCUGCAGUUUGUGUGGCGACUGAUGGCCGAUGACGCCCAGUCGGUGCGGAGUGUCGCUGGGGAUAUGCUCUCUGCGCUGGUGGCGCUGUUUGCAGGGUUCCCGGACGGCCCGUUUCUGCGUGAGCUGACCACCAGCGUGCUGGCGCUGCCGCUGCACCUGCGCCGCCGGUGCCGCGCGCUCCGCUGCCUCCUGCUGGCGCUGGGCGUCACCCGGCUGCUGGCCGCCUGUCCGGCGCUGCCCAGACAACUGGUGGGCGUCAUCGGCGACCCGGCCGUCAGCACGCACGCGGUGGAGCUGUACUGCGUGCUGCUCUCGGAGCACCGGCGCGCCGCCGACCCCGACACCUGGCUCUCGGUGUGGGUGGAGCCACUAUUCGAGUCGGACGCCGUGCCGCCACCGGCGCUGGCCCAGAUCACCGGACGGAUCGCCCAGCUGGCGCCCGGCUCGGCGGCCUACGUGACCCAGCGGGUGGCCUGUCGGCGCCGGCUGCCGCGCCACCUGUGGCUGGUGCUGCUCACCGCCGUCCAGGCCGCGCACAGACAGGGAGCGGCGGCGGAGAACUGGAGGGACGCGCUGCCGGUCGCCCGGCUCCGAGAGGCGCUGCAGCACAGAGAUGAUCAGGUGCGGAUCGCAGCCCUCACCGUACUCGCCGACAGCAAGAAGACCUCCGAGCUGUUCGAGCCCGUCGAGUUGCGGCUCAUCGUGCGCUUCGUGGCCGCUAAUUUGGCCAAUCAGACGCCGGCGUUUCGCCAGCAGCUGCUAGCGCUCAUGAAAAAGAUUCUGGUGCGUCUCUCGGACGGCACGGCGGCAUUACUGAGGCAGGUGGGCGGCGCCGAACGGCGAGCCUCCAUCGGGGCCGCCUCGCCCGCCCCCGCCACCCCCGCUGAGCCUUCAGAGGGUCCCACCGCGCCCCCUGCGGCCGCCGUGUCGCCCACCUCACCGACCUCCGGCGGGCCGGCGGCGGCUCCCACUGAACUACCGGCCCUGGAGCGGCUGCAGCACUACCAGUCCUGCCUGCGGCGUCUGUUCAAACUGCCCUUCAUGGGUCUGUUCCCCGGAGCCAACUUCCCGCGGCGCACGACCUGUCUUCACCUACUGACCCUGGUGGAUGAGCUGUUCGGCGGACAUGACAGACCGGUGAUGACCACCGCCGGCUGGUGGGGACCUGACCAGCUGUUCACCCUCCUCUACUGCCUCACCGACUGCUACGAGAACAACAAGGAGCUGGCGCUGCAGCUGCUCUGCUCCCACGACCUCACCGUGCUGAACCUUCAGCCGGAGGACCUGGACGGCCUGCUCAGCUCGGCCCUCUCUCUGGCCAGUAGCGCCCGCCCGCCAGACUCCCAGACCGCCGCCUACCUGCUGAGGGCGUUCGUACGUCUGCCGGGAGCAGCCGACGCCCUGAGGCGGAAACUGGCCGAGCAGCAGAGGGAGUCGCCGCGGAGAGACUCACAAAGUGACUCCAUCAUCUGCCCGGAGCGAUCAAAUUCGAUCAGCUCGACUGAUGAGAAGGAAGUCACCAACCCUGCAGCUAACACCACUCCGGCGAGCACCGAUGCUGGCGAAACUCUAGCUUCGAACAGCGAGACGGUGGCGCCUGCCGAGCCUGAAGCGCCUGCCGAGCCUGAGCCGGCUGAUGCUGCUGUCCGGUCAGACAGCGAACCACGAGACGCACCCAGCUCUGGAGAAGCGGGCGCUGACGACCCGGCCCGGCUGCUGCUGCGGCUGCUGCUGAGCCGGCUGGAGUCGGAGCUGGCGCUGGCCGAGUCAGCGCUGACUGCAGCAGCAGCCACGGCGCCCAUGCACGGCCUGCUGUUGUGUGUGAGACUGCUGCUGACGGCGGAACAGGGGGCCGGCGCCAACGGAACGUCUGUACCGAGCUGGCGCGGUCUUGGCGGCCGGCUGGUGUCGCUCUGCCGGCGCGCCUCGGCCGUCGUCCUACCCGUCGUCAGCAGCUCCUCUCCCGAGGGACACCUGCCCAUGGACCUGCAGUCGGAGGUCGUACUGAAGGUGGACGUGGCACUGAGUCGCGCGCUGGCACCGGCACCCGUGCCCGCCGAGCCGGGCAAGACACGUGCGGUUACCUCGCAGAUGCUGCUGGUCUGCUGCUGGCGCACGAUGAAGGAGGUGGGUCAGCGUAUGCCGGUCUUCGCGCCGGGCGCCGGUCCCCCGACGGCCGGCGGUCAGCUGACACCUCAGCAGCUGCUGGCCAUCGGUCGGCACUUUAUGUCGCUGCUGGCCGAGACCAAGCACCGCGGGGCCUUCGAGCAGGCGCACGUCGGCUUCAGUCGGGUGUGUGCCACUCUCUGGAG